CUCACCCGCCAAAACCAGCUAUAUUUACAGAAUUACCAUCAUCUUCUUUGACCAUCGCCCUAGAUUUGCUCCGGCCUUUUCAUGUCCGAACAAAGACAGCUCAUCUCUCCUUCUUCAUUACCAUUUCCAUUUUUUUCCCACAGGAAGCUAAAAGAAUCCAGGGAGCCAAAGACCCAGUUGAAAAAAAAUCAACUGACAAUGAAACAUCAACGCUAAUCUAAGCAACCAAUUCAAUUCAUACUUUAAUCCAAAGAUAUCUCUCUGUUGUGUUGUUGAUUGUACUAACCAACCCAUUACCAAACCCAACUCCUGUUGGCUAGCUUUCCUUCAAUCACACUCACCUCCCCCCAUCUAAUCUUUCUAACAUUUACACCCCACUCGUUGUUUUCAGCUCAGACCCAUUUCAUUUUUUUCUCUCUCUCUUAGUGCUUGAGGGAGAGGGAAAGGAGAAGAUCCAUCCGCCAAGCGGGGGACUAGAAGAGGAAGAAAAAAGGGGGGUAAUGAAGUUAACGGCGUUACAGCAACAGGGUCGCCGGAAUAAUAGUUUUAGAGGAGCUUCGCCGUUAGAUUCGUCUGUAGAUAACGCCAUGAAGUCGCCGGCCGGGAUUUUCUGGCUGCUUCUUCAUGGGUUGUGCUGUUUGAUUAGUCUCGUUCUUGGGUUCAGAUUUUCUCGUUUAGUUUUCUUCCUUCUGUUUUCCAAUAGUUCGACUACCAUGACUAAUACUAAUCUCUACUCCACGGCGGCUUCGUUCCGUAAUCCUAGUGAAACCCUAGGUGUUCAUUCAAAUUUAGGGGAUGUUUCUAGAAGUUCUAGUUCAGUUCAGGCGGUUAAUGUGACAACUCCGGGGGCGGGUAGCAGUAGGGUGGUGGUUGGGAGGCAUGGGAUAUUGAUCAGGCCGUGGCCGCAUCCGAAUCCGGCGGAGAUGAUGAGGGCCCACAGGUUGAUUGAAAGAGUGCAGAGGGAGCAGAGGAUGCAAUAUGGAGUGAAGAAUCCCAGAGCUGUGAUUGCGAUCACUCCCACCUAUGUUCGGACUUUCCAGACGCUUCAUCUCACCGGCGUGAUGCACUCGUUGAUGAAUUUGCCUUAUGAUCUUGUGUGGAUCGUUGUGGAAGCGGGGGGGACCACCAAUGAGACCGCUUCGCUGCUUGCUAAGUCUGGCCUCAAUACUAUCCAUGUUGGAUUCGGACAAAAGAUGCCAAUUCUAUGGGAGGAUCGCCAUAAGUUGGAGGCAAAGAUGCGGCUUCAUGCUUUGAGAGUGGUGAGGGAGAAGAAAUUAGAUGGGAUUGUGAUGUUUGCUGAUGAUAGUAAUAUGCAUAGUAUGGAACUUUUUGAUGAGAUUCAAAAUGUGAAGUGGCUUGGGGCUGUUUCAAUUGGAAUUCUUGCUCACUCGGGUGGUGACGAAGAGGAAAUGCCGGUUGUCCAGAAGGAAGACGAAAAGAGUGCUGGAUUGCCAAUUCAGGGUCCAGUUUGCAAUUCGUCGGAUCAAUGGGUGGGUUGGCAGACUUUCAAUUCGGGCCCUUACAUUCAGAGGAGUGCGAGAUAUGUUGGUGAGAGGGCAAUUGUGCUGCCUAGGAAAUUGGAGUGGGCUGGAUUUGUGUUAAACUCGAGAUUAGUCUGGGAUGAUGUUGAAGAUAAGCCAGAAUGGGUUAGAGACCUGGAUAUGGUAGCCGCCAAUGAAAAAGAUGUCGAGAGUCCUUUAUCUUUUGUGAAGGAUCCUUCUGUUGUAGAACCUCUUGGGAGUUGCGGGCGUAAGGUCAUGCUCUGGUGGCUCAGAGUUGAAGCCAGGGCAGAUAGCAAAUUUCCUUCUGGAUGGGUAAUUGACCCUCCCCUAGAUGUUACUGUCCCAGCUAAGCGCACCCCGUGGCCAGAUGUUCCUCCAGAACUUCCACUCUCGGCUGGUGAAAAGUUAGUCAGUGUGCGAGAGAGCACUGACAAGCCUGCAACAAAAACCCGCUCGCCCCGUAAAAAAAGAAGCAAAAGAAAGCAUCCUGCUAGAAACAUUGAUGAUCGCAUGUCCACAACAAGGCAGGCUGGGGAGAACUAGGAUUGUUUAUGGAUACAGUCGAGCCUUCAAUGUCUCAGAUUUAAAACGAGUGUGAAGUAACUGGUGCAAAAGAGGCCUUGAUUGAGCAUGAAAAGAAGUUAAAGAUACAGCGUGAAUAUUCCGGUUGAGUAAAUACAAGAAGGCGUCCAGAGAACGGCUCUGUUUAUACAAAACACCAUUUCCCUUUUAUAUUUCAUAUAUUUUGAGAUUCUUUUGUUAUUUUUACCCAUAUCUGUUCCAAUGUGGGCUUGUUUUGUCAUAUCCUGGGUGAUUAUAGGUUCGGUGAAUCUUGUGAAGGCCAAUGGCAGCCAUGUCUACCUGCAGGCUUGGCAAGAAGCUUGCAGGUAAUCUCCCAUUCCCAAGAUUCUUAUAAUAUGAGAUAAUAGUAUUCGUUUUCCAAGAUUCUGAUACCACGUAAGAGUUAUUUUAGAAGAAUAUAGAGAUCUUUAUAUGUAGGAUAUUUUUGUGUAUCAACUUGUUGGUCUUUAUUGCUUGUAAUGGUUUCCGGCCGGCCGCAAGAGGUGCGAAUGAAAUCGAAGCAACAGGACCUUUUUUUUUUUGAAAACAACAGGACUUAGUUGGGAAUUUUAAAUACGAAAUCAAAAUCUGAAGCUCUAUUCUUCUCACUUGCAUGUGAUCUUUGCUCA